AUGCUUGAAAUUGUGUCUACUUAUUAUAGACAAGAAUAUCAUGAAAGAUCCAACCUUAAACAGCUUUGCUGCAUAAUUUUUAUAGAAGAAAAGAUUCUAUUUCACUUUUUAAGGAGGGCAGAAAAAAUCAAGAAAUGCUAAGGAAAUAGUAAUGAAAUGAUCAGCUAAAAAAUUAAAUUAUAUUUGAUGUAAACUUGCUUGAGCUCAAAUUUUUUUCUUAAUUUUAGAGGAUGCAAUUAUGGCCAAGUCAAAAUCUUUUGUCAACAUAUUAUUAUUAAUCAGGAAUAAAAAUAAUUUGACAAAGAAAUUUGUUAUAUUAGAUUUAAGAUUAUAAUUGUUAUGUUUUCAUAAAAUCUUUUUGAGGAUAAGUAUCGUUUUGAGAACUUACCAGAUGUAUUUCAAUUGAAAAAAAAUAAUUAAUUAAUAGAUGUAAGUGAGCCAGCUCGAAACUAAAAGUAAGUAUAUUCAAUUUCUCUUGAGACACCUACAUCACAAUUCUAUUUAUUUAACCAUAGAGCAUAUCAGAACAACUUUACACACAAUAUCUUAAACAUUUUCAUGAAAUAGAUAUUAUGAUUUCCUAUACCUUACAUACUUAAUAAGAACAAUUAAAAGUCAAGCCACAUUUGCAACCUAAGGUAAGAGAAUAAAAAUUAUAUUAUAUAGAUGGAUCAAAAGCAUGUUACACAACUAAUAAUUGUUUUAACUUAUUAUUAUAUAUAUUGAAUUCUAAUUUUUUAGUUGAUACCGCUAAGAAUAUACAAUAUUUCUUUCUGGAUUUACUUGCCAAUANUUGUUAUAACAAUUCAUAAAGGAAUUUUAAGAUUAAAUAAAGAAAUUACAGAAUGAUUUAAAUUUAUUUGCAUUAGAUUACUAUCAAAUAUCUAAACCAUAUAUAGAAAAAUCAGAAGAAUUGUAUAAAAUAGGUAAUUAAAUUAAUGAUUUAGGAUAUAAGUUAUAUUGGAAUGAUGACAAAUAUGAUGAGGCUAUUAAAAUAUUUGAUUAAGCAUUGAAUUUUAAUCCAAAACAUUAAUUAUCAUUAUUUACUAAAGGUAUAAUUAAAUUUGAAUGUAUUAGCUGAGAGUUUAAGAAAUCUUGGUUAAUAUAAUGAAGCUAUCAUUUGGGCUGAUAAAGCUUUGUAAGCAGAUCCAAAGCAUCGUAGAUCAUUAUUUACUAAAGGUAUGAUUAAAUUUGAAUGUAUUAGCUGAGAGUUUAAGGAAGCUUGGUUAAUAUAAUGAAGCUAUAUUUGGGCUGAUAAAGCUUUGUAAGUAGAUCCAAAGUGUUGUAAUUCAUUAUUUAUUAAAGGUAUGAAUAACUUUUUAAAUUAAAGGUAACUCUUUAAGAUAAUUGAAAAAAUUUAAGGAAGCUAUGGAAGUGAUUGAAUAAUCUCUAAUAAUUAAUCCAAAUCAUUUUAAUUCAUUAAGGAUAAAAGGUAAUAUUAUGAUAUAAUUAAUAGGUUAAUGCUUACAUGAUCAGAAAUAAUAUUUAUAGGCUUUAAUAUUUUAUGAUAAAGCUUUAGAAAUUGAUUCUAAUCAUAAAUGGACUAAAAAAAGAAAAAGUAUUGUAUUUCUUAACAUUAGAUGAAUGUUUAGAAGCCAUACAAACACAAUGA